AUGGAUACGUCUGUAUAUUCUCAUGCCUUGGAUAUCUGGGCCAAGGCGGAUUUGACAAAUCUCCAAAAGGAAUUGGAUGCUGAUGUCAUUGAGAUCAAGGAUAAAGAAACCCAGUCAUUGACGUCGAGAAAGUCUUUGGCCACUGAGACAAAGAAAUUUAAAAAGCUCGAAGCAGAAGAGAAGCUGAACCACAUAAAUAAGAUUAUUAAGCAAUAUCAAUGCGAAAUUGAUAACCUGACACAGAGAUCAAAAUUUUCUGAAAAAGUCCUAUUUGACGUUUAUGAAAAGCUUUCAGAGGCUCCUGACCCUCAACCUUUGUUGCAAAGCUCCUUGGAAAAAUUAGGAAAGAUCGAUGACUCAAAGGAACUCAAAGAAAAAAUAAGCGAUUUAGAAGAUAGGCUAGCCAAAUACGCUGAUUAUGAAACUUUAAAAUCAAGAUUAUUAGAUUUGGAACAAAGCUCAGCGAAAACUUUGGCCAAAAGGCUAACAGCAAAAACUCAGGAAAUAAACUCUACUUGGGAGGAGAAGGGAAGAAACUGGAAAGAGAGAGAGGCUGACUUGGUGAAACAAUUAACAACUGUACAAGACCAAAAUAAGGCACUAGAGACCAAAAUAUCUAGAAAUAUCGAUAUUGACAAUAGCGAAGAAAGUGGAGAGUAUACUCAGAAUAAUCAGAAUGAAAUGAAGACAAAGAUUGCAGAGUACAAUCUGCUAACUCAAGAAUUGGAGACCACACAAGCUAGAACUUACCAAUUAGAAAAAAGAAACGAAGAAUUGAGUGGAGCUCUUGCAAAAGCAACCAGUGAAGCAGAAAGAGAAUCUGAGCUACAUGCUAAGGAGCUGAAACUCAACCAAUUGGAAAGUGAGAAUGCUUUGUUGAGUGCAUCUUACGAACAAGAACGGAAGUCAAAUUCUAAUACAAUUAAUGAAUUCAAAGAGCAACUAAAUGGCAUUAUGGCCGAAUCUGAAUCUUACAAAUCAGAGCUGGAGACUGUCAGAAGAAAAUUGAACAAUUACUCCGACUAUAGCAAGUUAAAGGAAGAGUUAUCUGCCUUGAAAAAAAUUGAGUUUGGAGUAAACGAAGACGACUCCGAAAAUGAAAAUGACUCCGAAGGUAAAAAUGACAAUACCGUCGAAUCGUCCUUACUAUCAGCCAAUAAAAAACUCCAGGCUUCCCUUGCGGAAUACCGCUCAAAGAGUACUGCACAAGWAGAGGAACGUGCUCAAUUAAAAAAAUCCGUUGACCAACUGAAGCAGAAAAUUGCUACCCUAGAAGAAGCAAACGAGAAAUUAGAAAUGGAUCUCGAAAAACUAGAAGAUGUUGGUCCUCAGUUUAACGAUGCUGCAAGUAUGAUGUCUGGUGUAACAAGACAAAUGAACAAUCGUACAUCCCAUAGAAUAUCACCAACAAGCUCUAUUAUAGGCAUUCCAGAAGAAGGAGAACUAACUUCACUAAGUGGAAACCAAUCCACCAUUUUGCCAAUAGUUACUAAACAAAGAGAUAGAUUCCGUUCGAGAAACAUGGAUUUAGAAAAGCAAGUAAGACAAGGAAACUCAGAAAAGGGCAAGCUCAAAUUAGAGAUCUCAAAGCUGAAGGGCGAUAAUACGAAGCUUUAUGAACGGAUYAGGUAUUUGCAAGCCUAUAACGGUAGUGCUACUCCAGCAACUUCAAAACCAGAAGGCGUUGACGUAGAAUCUCAAUAUUCUAGGGUGUAUGAAGAAUCGCUACAUCCAAUUGCAAACUUCAGACAGAAUGAGUUAAACCACUAUAAAAAUAAAAAAUUAUCGGCACUAGAAAAGCUAUUUUUGAGUUUCGCAAAAGUCAUCCUGCAGAACAAAACAACACGAAUGGUAUUUUUAUUCUACUGUAUUGGCUUACAUGGACUCGUAUUCAUGAUGUGCAUGUAUGUGAUCAAUCUUAGCGGUUACAUGACGCCGGAGGUGGGCAUAGUACAAUCGGCAAAGUCUUCUGCAAAUGCUAAUGGGGGACUUGGAGGAGUUGGAGGAUUUGCAGCAGGUGUUGAUUCGAUUCCUGGCAUAAACUGA